GCGUUAUUGACCACGCCCGCCGCCACCCGGCUGUAGUUGUGGAGGUCAGCCCCACCCUUUCCUCUUUUCCUCCGAGAAGGCGGCGGAGACUGACUCCACAGCCAUGGCCAAGAUAAAGGCUCGAGACCUUCGCGGCAAGAAGAAAGAGGAGCUGCUGAAACAGCUGGAGGACCUGAAAGUGGAGCUGUCCCAGCUACGCGUGGCUAAAGUAACAGGCGGCGCGGCUUCCAAACUCUCCAAGAUCCGUGUUGUUCGCAAAUCCAUCGCCCGUGUACUCACCGUCAUUAACCAGACUCAGAAAGAGAACCUCAGGAAAUUCUAUAAGGGCAAGAAGUACAAGCCCCUGGAUCUGCGGCCCAAGAAAACGCGUGCCAUGCGCCGCCGGCUCAACAAACACGAAGAGAACCUGAAGACCAAGAAGCAGCAGCGGAAAGAGCGGCUGUACCCACUCCGGAAGUACGCGGUCAAGGCCUGAGCAUCCAGGUGUCAAUAAAACAAACAAACUGG